UUGGUAUCCAGGAUAACACAUGCUAACGCUACUGGUAAGUGCAAUUCGCAAGAAUCAGCCUUCCGAAAAGCUCUUCAAGGACACACAUAUGACACAUUCAAAGUCAAUAGCCUGCAUGUUUGCGUCAAGAGAUGUGAUAAAGAAGAAAAGUGUCAGAGCAUCAACUUUGUUAUCGACGAAAGUAUCUGUGAACUGAAUAAGCAAAGCAAGGAGGCAAGACCAGACAAUUAUGUUACAGACCCAAGACGGAUUUACAUGACAGUAAAAUUUGGUAAAGGUGGGUGCUUUAAAAGUAUCGUGAUCUUAAAAAGUUGGUCUUUUGAUUGUAUGUAUAUGUGUAUGUAAGUUUGUAUACGUAUGUGUAUUUUUUCUUUAGAGAGGGUUAUGAAUAUUGAGAUCUCGGAAGUGUAACGGCCAAAUUUUUUUCUUUUGUGCGGCAGAUACCUGGCCAUCCGGAACAUACGGACUUCCUCGUUCCAAGACUGGCUGUCCUCAGCCCCCUCAUGGCUCUGAGUGGGAGACAGGCUGGAGGUUACAAGAUACGGAAGACUCUUCCAACAAAAAUCGCUUCUCGGAUAGUUUUCAUUUAGAUGCAGUUGUUUUGGACAGUCAUGUGAACAGAAGUUUCUGCAUAAAACACGUACACAAAGUCGGUACUGGAGCGAAACCAUGGCCUCUGGGUAAUGAUUUUUCAAGCAUUUUUUAAUUUUUUCAACUUUCUCUCUUUUCGUAGUUGAACAGGACACUUUCACAUCAGCACGACGCCUUUUUCGUUAUUCCGUUAUUUAAAGCUCUUUGAGAUUUCCCGAUAUUCCCGUUGUGCUGGAUUAGUGACUAAUCUCGGUAUUACUCGAUUCUUCCUCUCAAGGCUCAGUAAUUAUUGAUAGAAUUCACUGGAGCCACGUGAGUUUUAACAAUGUAUGUAACGACCUUUGCUUUAUCUCAAACUUGAUCCACUUCCCGGGCAUAAACAAGGGCCAAAGUUUCAACAUGAUUUCACCCCAAAAACAACCCUCAAUUUCUUUUACUAUUUGGCUUCUCCCUAGAAUAUUUCAUAUCCCCGCUGUAUAAACUUAUUAACGCUUGUUCGUUGGUUGCGCAGUAUAGGCCACCAACGAAAUCUUUCUAUCUCUUCCAACUUUUCACCUCUCGAGCCAUUUUUGUUUUUUCUUGCGCCCGAGCAGUGCUUUCUAAAACUCUUCGCUAUAAUUUCGCUUUUAAACUGUCUUCGUAUAACUUUAUAGGAUACUAAACAGGAUUAUGAACAUAAAAGAAACAUAUCGGAUCGUGAUUUGUCCGGUUUUAUGAUAAAAUAAAAUACGAAAAAUUAAAUAGCAAUUGUUUUUCCAGGCCAAUAUUGUAUUUACAAGAAAGGCACUUGUCCAGUAGGACUCAGCGAAGGAUUUAUACAGUGGGAUGACGAAGACAUAAGUAACAACAACAGUAAUGGUGGAACACUUCCUGAUGGUAUAUAUGACAAUGCUACAAGGAUAUCGUUUUGUUGUCAGACGGAUGGUAACAAGUCCGAUCCCAUCACCCUCCCCGUGGAAAAACCUUUUUACUUGCUAGCUUACGGUUCGUCUGAGUGUCAGAAAGUAGAGGGGGCCCUGGGUACUGAGGAGUAUAUACAAUACGACAACGAGGACUCAAAAAACUCAGAUAAAUGGGAAGGGAGUCAUCCUUUUAUGAAGUAUUCAUACUUGACCAAGAUGAGAAUAACUUACUGUUAUUACCGUGCAGCAUGA